AUGUAUCCUGGCAGACUUUUUGCUGUCCUGACUUGCGUUGGACAAGUAUGUUGCAGUGGUCUGGCCACACUUCAUGCACGAUUCGGUGGAAAUGCCGGAGAAGAACUUGCCAUCGUCAGGGACGAUACAGGAACAUGUCCUCUUCCCCAUGGACAUCUUAACUUGGAUCUUCUUAGCUCUCAGCAUAAUGCCUCAUUUGAUCAUCAAUCAACCUGUAUCUGGUCAGACAACCAUCAACAGCAAUAUUGCGUGUUUGCAGAUCCGCACUUUAAUUAUGAAAAGGGCAUUUCUGUCAUAACAACCCCGGAGCGCGCUCAAUACAUUUCAAAAACCAUUGCGGCUGUAUCGAAUCAUACCAAAUUUCCUGCCGAGUCGUUAUUCAGAACAAGACCUAGCGGAACGAAAGGUCGAGGCAUAUUUGCAACAGAAUACAUACCUGCAGGCAGUCUCAUCACUCAAGAGCCACCUAUCAUCUUUAUAGACCGCAAUUACAUGGAGGUAGUCUCGUCUGAGGAAGUUCGAACCGCAAUUCAGACAUUGGCUGUGGAGAAGUUGCCAAGAACCACACGUCAGAUCUUUCACGAGCUCUACGCAGGACCAUACGAAGAGAGCUUGACGCAACGAAUGUGGACAAAUGGCUAUAUUGCUUCUGGCGGGCCUGUACCGCAGUGGCCAGGCUUGGACAAUGAAUCAGAUCUUGGCAUGAUUGCGGUGCAUGCAAACAUAUCUAAGAUCAACCAUAGCUGUCGACCAAAUGCGGCAUCCCAGUGGGACUGGGAUGUACUUGCACAUAGGCUAUAUGCAGCCCGUGAUAUCGCUGCCAACGAAGAAAUCACUAUAUCGUACCUUAAUCCUAUCCAGACUCUUCAGGACCGACAGGAAUACUCGAAAAAUAAACUCGGCUUUAAAUGUGCUUGCAGUCAAUGCAAAGCCUCAAGCAAGUCUGCUGACUUGUCCGACGAUCGAAUUAAUGAAAUUUUACUGUUGGAAAGCUACUUGGAAAGUCGACAAAUUGCCCCAGCAGAGCCAACAGCAAUGGCUGAAUUGCUAGUGAGUCUGUAUAAACAAGAGGGUCUACACACCUUUAUUUGCAAGGCGUACGCAAUUGUGGCACGGGAGUGGAACGGCGCAGGAUACGAGUACCAAGCACGCCAGUGGGCUUAUGAAAGUGUCAUGGCUGGUCUGAUAGCUGGUUCAGAGACAGGUAUGGAAGAGUAUGUGAACGACAUGGAAGCACUACUUGAUGGGUCACGAAAACACUGGUCUUGGAGAUACCGCGUACACAGGUAG